AUGUGGAAGUGAUGAUUGAUAAAUAUGUCAUGAAUCUCCUUUAGCACAAGACUCGAGCAGAAAAUUAAGGAAAAAAGAAAAGAUAAACUGAUUGUGAUUGCAUAGAGAUAUGUUUCUUAUUGUUGAUAAGGUAUCCUAUUAGCCACACAUGUUCUGCGUACAUCAUUAAUGAUUACGUCUUUUAGCAGCCCACCAGAAAAUUCUAGUUGUUAUUGGAUUCAAGCAUUUUAAGAGCAUCUAUGUUUUCACCUAGGCUACAUGCAAUGUAAAUCAAGACACUUCAGGAGCUAAAGAAUCUCAUAGAACUGCAAAAUAUCUAAACAUUUCCCAAUGGCUGAGGACUACACACCAAAAAGCAAUGGCCAAAUGAGCGUUAAAGAUGCACAAGUGGCUGUGGUUAUGGUGCCACUUCCAGCACAAGGCCAUCUCAACCAGCUUCUCCACCUCUCGAGGAUCAUCACCUCGUAUGACAUCCCAGUGCACUACGUUGGCGCAACCACUCAUAUGCGCCAGGCUAAGUUUCGUGUCCAUGGUUUCGACCCUGUCACAGCUAAAAACCUACACUUUCAUGAAUUCCGUACUCCACCUUUUGAAAAUAAACCUCCAAAUCCUAAUGCUUCUCAUAAGUUCCCUAGCCAAUUAAUCCCUUCAUUUUACGCAACAAUCCAUCUCCGAGAGCCAGUGUGCUCUGUUGUACGCCAACUCUUAGGCGCCAAUCAUAGGAGAGUGAUUGUUAUUUAUGAUUCCUUGAUGACUUGGGUGUUACAGGAUGUAGCAACAAUUUCAAAUGCUGAGUGCUACCGUUUUAAUAGUAUCUCAGCUUUCUAUAUGUAUUCAUCCAACUGGGAAGCUAGAGGAAAACCUUUUGAGGCUGAAACUGAAAUAUUUGAGGAUAUUCCAUCAAUUGAAGAGUGUGCUACCCCAGAGAUAUGGGAAUUGUGGAAUAAACAACAACCCAUUGAAGGGAAAAUUUGC